AUGAGCCACGAAAAUCAGGAGAACUACGAUGAUUAUAACGGAGACCACGACAAUAAAUAUGACCAGCAGUACGACGAAUCAAGCCGAGGCGAUGAUUUUGGUGGAUAUGGUCGAGGAGGGUCGUCAAGCGGCAGAGGUAGAGGAUUUAAUGGACCGCCAGGCGGUGCUGGAAGUUUUUUCGGUGUUCCCCCAGCUGCACGUGGUCGAGGUGGACCAGGGAUGGCUCCUCCAGGAUUCGCAGGUAGAGGUCGUGGAUUUGCUACACCAGGUAUGAGCAGUGGUUUUGCUCCGCGCGGUCGCGGUAUGCCGCCAGGUCGUGGUGGAUACAUGCCUCCAUACAGAGGAGGUUAUGGUGUUGCACCAAAUGGAGGUCCAGGAGCGUACGGAGGGCCUUAUAACGGAGGUCCUGGAGCAUAUGGUGCUCAAGCACCAGGGCCGAAUCCACAAGAUCAGGAGCAACGUCUGAAGAGACUUUCGGGAUGUGAAGAAGGACAAGAGUUAUGGGUUGAAACUGAGACAGCUGAAGGAAAAAAGUAUUUUUAUCAUCCAGUUAACAGGAACACAAUUUGGGAGCGACCACAAAACGCUAAAAUAGUCACUCAACCAGAAUUGGCUCAACUCAUUCAUAGAGCCACGGAAGAGGAAAAGAAUCGUGAAGGUAUGCAAUUGCAUUCAACUUUUAGCAUUUGAUGUUUUUGAUUCCAUCUUUUUGCACAUUUAUAAUUAAUUUUCAGAAGGUUAAGUUUAAACCUGGCACAGAAAUUUCAGAUUCUUAGGUUCAUCUCUCCAUAAGAUUAUGUCGCUCUUCUAGUCGUUCCUCUUCAUUGCUGUCAAAGCUGAAACGCGUUUGUUAGAAAAGUUUGAUAAUAAGUUUGGAAAAAAGAAACAUAAAAAUCAGUGGUAAUAAUCAAAAAGUCCGUAUUGUAUCACAGCCACAGGAAAAAAUUGCGGAACAACUACCGAUUUACGAGCUGCGAGAAGGACAUUCUAUGCCGUGCGAGCAUCAUGCCAUCCACUAAUGUAGCGAAUGCCACAUGGUCAAAUCCCACAAAAUCCUGAUGAUGCCUGGAAUGAGUUUAAUGCCCCGGAUGGCCGGAAAUACUACUUCAAUUCGAUAACACAAGAGAAUACUUGGGAAAAACCAAAAGCUCUCAUCGAUCAAGAGAAUGGAGGGGGAGCGUCUCCCGAACCUGUACAGUCGGCUGCUAUCGCUGAAGCUCAAGCCAAAGCACAAGCGGCGCUGGCAGCUUUUAUGGCUCAACAGAAAACUUCUUCCAAUGGCGGAGGUGGAAUGCCAUUGUCUAAAGCACAAGCUUCAGGUGCAGCUGCUGCAGCUGCGGUAAACGCCGAAGCUGCUAAAAAGAAAGAUUCGACUCGUCCCAUUAGCAGCACUCCAGUCAGUGGAACUCCAUGGUGUGUUGUUUGGACCGGUGAUGACAAGGUAUUCUUCUACAAUCCUUCUACGAAGUGCUCUGUUUGGGAACGUCCACCAGAUACAUAUGGACGCGAAGACGUUGACAAACUAGUUCAGAAUCCUCCAUCUCCAAAAGCAGAAGAAGAAAAUAAUCAGUCUAAAAAAGAAAGCGAGUCAGAAUCUGAGUCUGAUGAGGAUGGUCCUCCAAAAGCUAAGAAAAGUCGAGCUGAAAAGAAGAAGGAAGCUUUGAUUGCUGCUCAAAAGAAGGAGAAGGAACGUCCUCGCCAAAUGCUUCAGAAACCAGUUGAUCCUGCAAUUGAGGCUGAGAUGCAAGCUGCAAAGGAAAGAGAGAAAGUUCCAUUGGAGGAGAGACUGAAACAGUUCAAGGAAAUGCUCGAAGAAAAAAAUGUUUCCACAUCAAGCACGUUCGAGAAGGAACUUUCAAAAAUUGUUUUCGACAAACGUUACCUGUCUCUUGGGGCUACUGAGCGUAGAGCUUGCUUCGAUGCUUUUUGCCGGGAAAAAAUUGAAUCUGAGAAAGCUGAGAGAAGAAAACGGGUCAAAGAAGCAAAGGAAGAAUUUCAAAAGUUACUUGCUGAGUGCGAACUCAAUGGACGGUCAUCGUAUUCUUCAUUCACUUCAAAGUUCGGAAAAGACCCUCGUUACAAAGCAGUUGAAAGAAAUCGUGAUAGAGAAGAUGCUUUCAACGAUUUUGUCGGCGAAUUGCAUAAGAAGGAAAAAGACGAGAAACGUGCUAAGAAAGAAAAACUGAAAGCAGCUUUUGUGAAACUUUUGGAAGAGCAGACUGGUCUCACGCGCAAAUCUAAAUGGUCAACCACGAAGAAAACACUUGAAGAUGAAGAAAGAUACAUUGCUCUCGAUAGUAGUUCUACCAGAGAAUCUCUGUUCCGAGAAUUUGUGGCGAAUCUUGGAGAUGAAACAGCAUCGGAUAUCGAAGAAGAGCAGGAACGUGAGAAGCGUCUUGCUGCUCAAACGGCCAUUGCAAACCGUCAGAAAGAAGUUGAAGCCGAACUUGGUAAUCAACUGCGAGAGCGCACAAAAGAAAGUGAGAAACAAAAGAUGGGCGAACACGAGGAUACCUACCGAAAUCUUCUAAUCGAUCUGAUAAAAUCUACCGAAAACAGUUGGCACGAGGCUCGACGCAUUCUUCGAAAAGAUGAACGCUAUGCAAAUUGUGAUAUGUUGGAUAAAACUCGCAAAGAGUCGCUCUUUGAUGAUCAUAUCAAAAGUUUGGAAAGAAAGCGUCGUGAGGCUUUCUUCCAAGUUCUAGAUAAUCAUGAGAAGAUCACACCAAUGAUGCGCUGGAGAGACGCUAAAAAAAUCAUUCAAGACGAGGAAGAGACUUUCGUAAAAAUUGCUAGCAACUCGGAGAGGAAAGUUGAGAGAGAUUUCCGAGAUUGGCAGGAGAGACGGCACGAUCACCUUACUGAUGAAUUCAAGGAGAUGCUUUCUGAGACAAAAAUCAUCACGCAUAAGUCGAAAAAAUUGAUGGAAGAAGGUGAACAGCACAUGGAUAUUUUGUCAGUUCUCGAAAACGAUAAGAGAUGGGUGCGGAUGACUGCUAUGAGUGCAUCAGAACGGGAUCGUAUGCUAGAAGAUCAUAUUGAAAACUUGGGCCGCAAAGGAACACCGCCUCCACCAACACAACAAGAGCGGGAUCGCAGAAAGCAAUAA